AUGGCCUUCCUCUGGCUUCUCUCCUGCAUCACCCUCGUCGGGGCCGCCUUUGGCUGUGGGGUCCCUGCCAUUCCCCCAGUUGUGAGUGGGGUACAGAGGAUCGUCAAUGGGAAAGCAGCUGUCCCUGGCUCCUGGCCAUGGCAGGUGUCUCUGCAGGACAGCAACGGCUUCCACUACUGUGGGGGGUCCCUAGUCAACGAGUCCUGGGUGGUCACUGCCGCCCACUGUGAAGUCAGCACAUCCGACACAGUUGUGGCUGGAAUGUUUAACAGGAGAGCAAAGAAAAAGAAGAAUGUGCAGGUCCUGAGGAUUGCUCAGGUGUUUAACCACCCCAGUUUUAACAACGACACCGGUCACAACGACAUCGCCCUGGUGAAGCUGGCCACGCCCGCCCGCUUCUCCAGCGUCGUGUCCCCCGUGUGCCUGCCCAGUGCUCAGGACAACUUCACCACCGGGUCCCUGUGUGUCACCACGGGCUGGGGCAAGACUGAUUCCAAGGGCAUGGCCUCCAUCAAGCUGCAGCAGGCCACCAUGCCCCUCCUGUCCAAUGCCGAGUGUGAGAAGUCCUGGGGCAGCGACAUCACAGAUCUCGUGGUCUGUGCUGGGGCCAACAGUGUCACCUCCUGCAUGGGUGACUCUGGUGGCCCCCUGGUCUGCCAGAAGGAUGGAGCCUGGAACCUGGUGGGCGUCGUGUCCUUUGUCACUACUACCUGCAGCACCGAUAUUCCUACCGUUUGCUCCCGGGUCACAGAGUUAAGGCCCUGGAUUGAGGAUAUUCUCACUCAAAACUAAACCCUGGUACCAUCUAUCUCGAGUUUCCCUAAUAAAAG